AUGAGGACUUGUAGCAUGAAUUCAUUUUGUCAGUCGCCUUCUGCAGAUGUAGUAGAAGCUUCUUUUGAAAUUGCUCAUAUGAUUGCGAAGCAGAAAAAACCGCACGGUAUAGGGGAGACAUUGAUAAAACCGAGUAUUUUAAAAGCUGCUAGUCUUGUUUUGGGAGAGGCGAGCAGAAAGAAACUUGCAAAGAUUUCUCUUUCGGAUUCUACAAUUAAAACAAGAAUUGAUGAGAUUGCACACGACAUUGAACUUCAGGUUAUCGAAAAAAUAAAGCUGUCGCCAUUUUUCGCCAUACAAUGUGACGAAACUACUGAUGUUGCCAACUUGUGUCAGUUGUUGGUAUAUGUCCGUUUUGUAGGAUCAAGUUCAAUUGAAGAAGACAUGCUCCUUUGCAAACCUCUCGAGACGACCUCUAAAGCUGAAGAUGUAUUCAAACUUGUUGCUGAAUUUUUUGAAAAUAAUGAAUUGAAAUGGGAUAAACUUGUAGGUGUCUGCACUGACGGUGCGCCGGCUAUGAUAGGAUCUCGUAGUGGAUUUAUUGCCAGAAUAAAACAAAAAAAUUCCGACGUUAUUGGAUCGCACUGUGUCAUCCAUCGAGAGGCUUUGGCUUCUAAGACUCUCUCUACUUCGAUGAAAGAUAAGCUUGCGAUAAUAAUACGAACCGUCAACUACAUUAAAACUAGUGCCGUCAAUACACGAAUGUUUGCCCAAAUUCUGUAA